AUGGAGGCUGGUCAAGUAUCUGUUAAAGAGAUAAACGCCGUUCAAGAAAAGGUGAAAGCUCGUCAAGUAUCUGUUAAAGAGGAGAUGAAUGUAGGUCAAGAGAAACUUAUAAACUUGGCAGAUGUUCCCACAGCUGAUGAGCUUAAAAAUGCAAAAGAAUUCUGGAUUCGUAGAAUUCAAGGAGUAGCAUACGAUAAAGGAAUCUUGCGGCUCGAAGGAAGAUUACAGUUCUCUGAUUUCAGAACCGAAGAAAAACAUCCUAUCCUCUUGCCUCGAAAUAAAAAAUUUACGGAAAUGAUUAUUGAAAGAGAAUAUGUCAAGUUGAUGCAUAGUGGAGUUACAGUCACUUUGACCACUCUUCAAAAAGAAUACUGGCCGACAGCUUGUGAAGAAGAUAUUUCGAAACUGUCUUAUUUGUGCAAAAAAGUGCCAGCAAAACCUGCUCGACAGACAACUGUACAGCUGCCAAAAGACAGAAUAGUUGAGACUCCACCAUUUCUGUAG